AUGAAUGGUUAUGGUGAUCUUUCGGCAUUUGGUAUCAUUUUGAUAAUAUUCGGUGUGUUAGGAGGAGUUUUCAGUAUUGUUUCAGCAAUUGUUUAUCUUUGCUAUUUUAUGAGCAGUGAUGAUAGAGGAAAGGCUUGGUGUCCAAAACUUGUGGUGAUAUUUGCGUUUGCUCUUGCUGUGUGUUCCGUGUUUUUACUUCCGUUGGAUGUAGCAAACACGAAACUGGACGGAGGACUGGGCUUUGCCUUCCAAGUCACAUGGCAAGUCUUUUACGGAUUUGUUGCAUUGUUCGUGGUCUUGGUGAUUCCAUUCUUCAUCUUUUAUUAUGAAUCCGAAGACCCAGAAAAGAGCUUCUUGCAUCAAAUCAAGUGGGGAACAUGUGCUACGAUUGUUUCCUUUUUAUUCGUAACCAUCCUUACUGCAGUUACAUACUUCUUCUUUGGUUGGGCCGAUAUUCCAUUCAUGCAAUACACUCAAGCAGUUUCCUCACCUACAUUAAGAGAUGCCUUACUCCAAGCAACACCAGCAUAUGCUGAUGAAAGAAUAUUAUCAAUCUUUGUCUCCAUUGUGAUUUAUGUUAUUGCUGUCAUUCUCUUCUUGGGUUACUUUGUUUUCAUUAUUUGCAGUGGAUGUGGUAUGACUGCAUUACCUGUUACACUCAUUAAGGCUUUCAUCUUUAAACCAAAGAGAAUUCGAAGUAGCGAGUUUAUUGAGGCUAAAGCAAAACUCAUGAGACAAUCCAAGAAAAUGAUUGAGAUUGGAACCAAGUUGCAAGAGGCACAAGACGAAGGAAAAAUUGCUCUCAAGGAUCGACGUGUCUUGAAUGAUUUCAAAAUGGCAGCCUACAAACUUGAAGAAGAAUGGAAGAUUAUCCACACGAGCUUCUUCUCUGCUGGAGGUUCUGUCAUUUUACCAAUUCUCUAUCUCAUUCUCGGAAUUGUGUGUUGUUUGAUCUCUCUUGCAUGGAUCAUUCACUUGAUUGUUUAUUGGGCAAUUAUUGAUCCACCAAAUGGUAUGCUCAAUGUAGUUUUCAAUUGGUUGGACGAUUUGACAGUUGGAUUCCCAAUUCUUGGAGGACUUCUUUUCUGGGUAUUCACUGUUUAUCUUGUAUUUACCGUUUUGGCUGGAAAUGCAAGCAUUACGAGCAGAAUUCCAUUGUUUGCCAUUCACCCAAUGAAGAAGGGUGACACCAUGAUGAAUUCUCUAAUGUUCAACACGGGAUUGAUUUUACUUUCAUCUGUAGUUAUUAACCAAUUUUCUCAGAGAGCAUUCAAUUCAUAUUCUAGGUCUACAGCUAUGGAUAUUAUUUUCAGUGGAGCUAUCACAAACUUGAGAUAUAUUCAAUGGUUCUACUUUGCCAUGAUUUAUGCUUAUUUGGCAUGCUGUGGAAUUGGCUUCUUCCUUGCACUUAUUUGUUGUAGAGAAAAGACAAAGAACGAAAAGGAUUUGGAGGAUGUGCUUGCAAGGUUAGACAUUGGAUACUCAUCGAGUGAACCUGUUGAAGGAAAUCAACAAUGA